GCGCAACCUCCAGCGCGGCGCCGCGACCCCCGCGACCCCGCCAGAGGCGCGGAUUUCGACCGAGUCUACAGCGGGGUGGUGAGCCUCAGCACCGAGAGCAUCUACUCCUUCAACUACACCAGCCAGCCGGGCCAGGUGAACGCCGUGCGGGUGUAUGUGAACAGCUCCUCAGAAAACCUCGACUACCCGGUCCUCGUCGUGGUUCGCCAGCAGAAAGGGGUAUUGUCCUGGCAGGUUCCUCUGCUCUUCCAAGGACUAUACCAGAAGAGCUACAACUACCAGGAAGUAAGCCGCACCUUAUGCCCCUCAGAAGCAACCAAUGAAACAGGACCACUGGAGCAACUGAUAUUUGUAGAUGUAGCAUCCAUGGCACCUCUGGGUGCCCAGUACAAACUGCUGGUUACCAAGAUCAAGCACUUCCAGCUGCAGACAAAUGUUGACUUUCACUUCACUGCCAGCCCCUCUCAACCUCAGUAUUUUCUAUACAAAUUUCCUGAAGAUGUGGACUCAGUUAUCAUUAAAGUUGUAUCUGAAAUGGCUUAUCCAUGUGCUGUUGUCUCAAUCCAGAAUAUCAAUUGCCCAGUAUAUGAUCUCGACCACAAUGUGGAAUUUGAUGGUGUCUAUCAGUCCAUGACCAAGAAAGCUGCCAUCACACUACAGAAGAAGGAUUUUCCAGAUGAGCAGUUCUUCGUGGUGUUUGUGAUAAAGCCUGAAGAUUAUGCUUGUGGAGGAUCUUUCUUCACUCAGGAAAAGAAGAACCAGACCUGGAAUCUACAACGAACAAAGAACCUUAAAGUGACCAUCGUCCCUUCCAUUAAAGAAUCUGUUUUUGUGAAAUCCAUUCUUCUCAGCUUCCUCAUCUUUUUCUCCUUCUAUUUGGGAUGCCUGCUUAUUGCAUUUGUUCAUUAUAUCAGGUUUCAGAGAAAAUCCAUCAAUGGAGGCUUUGGUUCCAAUGAUGGAUCUGGAAAUAUGGCGGUAUCACAUCCCAUUGCUGCCAGCACACCUGAAGGGAGCAAUUAUGGGGCAAUAGAUGAGUCAAACUCCAGUCCUGGCAGGCAGAUGUCCUCCUCUGAUGGUGGGAAGCCAUGCCAGUCUGACACAGACAGCUCUGUGGAGGAAAGUGACUUUGAUACCAUGCCAGACAUUGAGAGUGAUAAGAAUAUCAUCCGGACCAAGAUGUUCCUUUAUCUGUCAGAUCUGUCCAGGAAGGACCGGAGAAUUGUCAGCAAAAAAUAUAAGAUUUAUUUUUGGAACAUUAUCACUAUCGCUGUGUUUUAUGCACUACCUGUGAUCCAGCUGGUCAUCACCUACCAAACAGUGGUAAAUGUCACUGGCAACCAAGACAUCUGCUACUACAACUUCCUCUGUGCUCACCCCUUGGGUGUCCUGAGUGCAUUCAACAACAUUCUCAGUAACCUCGGCCAUGUGCUCCUGGGCUUCCUCUUCCUUCUGGUAGUCUUGCGCCGGGACAUUCUCCAUCGAAGAGCCCUGGAAGCCAAGGACAUCUUUGCCAUGGAGUAUGGGAUUCCCAAACACUUUGGUCUCUUCUAUGCUAUGGGCAUUGCAUUGAUGAUGGAAGGAGUACUCAGUGCCUGUUACCAUGUCUGCCCUAAUUACUCCAACUUCCAAUUCGACACCUCCUUCAUGUACAUGAUUGCCGGCCUCUGCAUGCUGAAGCUGUAUCAGACCCGCCACCCGGACAUCAACGCCAGCGCCUACGCUGCCUAUGCCUCCUUUGCCUUAGUCAUCACCCUCACCGUCCUCGGAGUGGUGUUUGGAAAAAAUGAUGUGUGGUUCUGGGUCAUCUUCUCUGCGAUCCAUAUUCUGGCCUCUCUGGCCCUCAGCACCCAGAUCUACUACAUGGGUCGUUUCAAGAUAGAUGUGUCUGACACAGAUUUGGGGAUUUUCCGGCGGGCUGCUAUGGUGGUCUACACGGACUGCAUCCAGCAGUGCAGCCGGCCUCUGUACAUGGACAGAAUGGUAUUGCUCAUUGUGGGGAAUCUGGUUAACUGGUCCUUUGCCCUCUUUGGACUCAUCUACCGACCCAGGGACUUUGCUUCCUACAUGCUGGGCAUCUUCAUCUGCAACCUGCUGCUCUACUUGGCCUUUUACAUCAUCAUGAAGCUCCGCAGCUCCGAGAAGGUCCUCCCCAUCCCGUUCUUCUGCAUCAUUGCCACGGCUGUGGUGUGGGCCGCCGCCCUGUAUUUUUUCUUCCAGAAUCUCAGCAGCUGGGAGGGAACCCCAGCCAAAUCCCGGGAGAAGAACCGUGAGUGUAUCCUGCUGGAUUUCUUUGAUGACCACGACAUCUGGCACUUCCUGUCUGCCACUGCCCUUUUUUUCUCAUUCUUGGUUUUGUUAACCCUAGAUGAUGACCUGGAUGUGGUUCGGAGAGACCAGAUCCCUGUCUUCUGAGCCUCCAGCGUUAAAGAGGGGAAAGGGAGAGAUCGAUCUUGGUGCUGUUUCAUGAAAAAUACAGGGACUGCCACAAAGUAACCACUGCCAAAUGCUCCACUCACCCUCCUUGGAGUCAACUCUGCAUACAUUCACACAGGGAGGAGAAGAGCAGAGGGAGAUUCAAACCUGCAAGAAGGGAGGCAGAAAGGAAGCCAGGGCCGUGGACAGAGGCAAGCCCUGAAGAGUCGAGAAACAUCCAUCCCCUUAUGUUGCAACUCUGAGCUAGACAAGGACAAAUGCUGCAUCAAAGUCAACUCGUUAUCUUGGGAUCCCUCCCACCUUCACCUGGGAUUGCCAGCAAAAGCAGAACGAUGCUUCACUCUUCCCUCCAGCUGCCUCCAUGCCCAGAAAGGCCAACAGCUCAAAUUUCCCACCCAGAAACUAGGUGGUCCCCCUUUGCACCUCAGCAACAUCUGCUGCUCUAUACAUCCCAAAGCACCAGCUCAUUUCUCCAGGAUCCAGGGACGAUGUGGUUGCUCAGUCUGGUAGAGAAGUGCACCCCACUGGGAUAGAUGUUUUAGCAGCACCAGCCAGUCAUCUCCUCAGAAGGAAUGCUGUAUGUUUCCCCUGGGUUCCUGACCCUCUUAGAAAGAAUCCAGAUUGGGCCUUGUCACACACACAUCCUCCUAAUAGGUAACUGUCUUUGGAACCAAGGCUUGGGUGCCUACCUACUUCUUGGUAUCUUCAUCUCACUGCUGUGUGUUGACCCCGUAACUCAGGCUUUACAUUCUUGAGAAGGCCCUGUUCGUCCACAGACCAGGUCCAAGGUGGAAAGGAAAAUGGGAAAACUUUUCCAGCAGCAGUUGCAGCAAGAGAAAUGGCUGACAUCACUAAGACACUGGUGACAUCAGAAUCAAGCAAACAGGCCUCACUAUAAGGACUUGGACUCCUGGAACAAAUUCAACAAAAAUGCUUCCUCAUGCCUCCAAUUCAAACAGCUCAAUUCCGUGCCCACAUAACCUUUGGAGAAGAAAUAUGUGUUUAAACAGGGGCACUGCGUGAAGGGUCCUCCACCACUAACCCAGCUCCUUAUCCAUCACUUGAUGCACUUCAGGGCCUCAAGAAUUUCUCCUUGAAGUUCUCUAGAAGUAACUCUCAUGGUGAUCAUAUUUUACUCUAAAUCUAGUUGCAAAGAGCACAGGCAAUUUAGGGUCAUCUUGGUUGCCCCUUAACCUCAUUCUCUCUCCAGGAACACCAGUGGGCAUUGAAAGUUCAGCAUCCCACCUUCCUUCUCACAUAGUCUGGCAGCUCUGCCCCUGAGAGUCCUAUUUUGACCAGGUGCCCUUACUACCUGGAGUAUGAUGUAAUCAGAAAAUAUGCAUACACAGGUACACACGUAGACACAUUUGCCUGUGACACUGAACUCAUGUUUCACCUCUGCUCUCCUGAUCAUUCUUUAAGGAAAGGGAUCAGCCAUUCUUUCUGUUUAAAACUAUUAUCCUUUGUCUAAAAUAUGUGCAUAAUGUUCAAAAACACAUUUUGGAAGUUUGAAUAGCAAACUUUCCCUGAUUUUAAAAACACAAAGAUGCUUUUAAUGAAAUAUUUUGUGAUUUUUUUUUUUCUAAAAUGCCCCCAAAUUUGUAAUUGGUCUUCUGUUACCUUUUAUUCUUUAAAAAUUGCUUGCAUUCAUAGGUCUCAUGAAGACCACCUAGUAAAUGGUUUUGUUAGUCUAACAUCUAAAACAAAUUUCAAAUCCGUUUAACUAUGGCUGAUUUGACCUAGUUCUUUUAUUUUAAUGCACUAGUGGUUUCAAAAAAAAAAAGAAAAAAAUCCACUAAGGAAUGUGAACAAAGCUCGUUAAAGCAGCCCUGUGACCUAAAGUGAAUAAAUCGUGUGACACAUUACCUCUUCGGUAGCUUGUUUGGGAAAUAUGUCCAUGGAAAUUGGGAGGGGCCUGUAGAAUAAAGGGACUGUGCUGCUGUAUUCUUGAUCUUUUUCUGAUGUCUGUCUUGUGCUCAUACAUUGUGGUCAGUUUUGUUCUCUGCAGCAGGACUAAAAACCUAGACCAAGCCUGCUCUUAUAAAUAUCAAUUUUAAAA